CUGUGAAACAGUAUGUUAACCAUCGCCCAGUCGACCACCACCAGUAAUAGUGCAGCCCUGUUUUGACGCCAUUUUACAGGCAAAAUUGUGUGUGUGUUUGACGCGUUGUUGUAUUGAAACAAAAAACCAGAAAUUUUCCUUCGGCUGCAAAAGGCAACUGUUUACGGCCGGAAAAAAGGGAGGAGCUUCUAGCAAAGAUGUCGCAACGCUUUGCACCUGGCCAAGCGCCGGUGCAGUCGCGCUAUCAGCCACCACCACCGGCGCCCGGCAUGCGUCCCUAUCCGCCGCCAGGCGCCUCUUUUCCGCCGCGCGGGUUUCCCCUGCAUCCGAACACCACGCAACCCGUUCCCGGCACCGCGAACGUGGCCGGAGUACCGGGAGUUCCUGGAGUGCCCGGCGUACCGGGACCAUCGCUAUUGCAGCGCGCCGCCCAACAGCCGGGCUUUCAGAGCAGCCUGCGAGGCACUGGAGCCGGUGGUGGUGGUGUCGGUUCCGGCGGAGGCAGCAAGAGGUCAAAUGAAUCCCGCAGUUUGGGCGGCGGCGGUGGAAAAAGUGAUUUUGUAACGGCCAAAAAGAAAAAGAAGCUGGCCGACAAGAUACUACCGCAGAAGGUGCGGGAUCUGGUGCCCGAAUCGCAGGCGUACAUGGAUCUGUUGACGUUUGAGCGGAAACUGGAUGCCACCAUUAUGCGCAAGCGUCUGGACAUUCAGGAGGCCCUUAAGCGACCCAUGAAGCAGAAGCGCAAGCUGCGCAUCUUCAUCUCGAACACAUUCUAUCCCAGCAAGGAGCCCACAAACGAUGGCGAGGAGGGCGCUGUUGCUUCUUGGGAAUUGCGAGUGGAGGGUCGCUUGUUAGAGGAUGGCAAGGGCGAUCCCAAUACAAAGAUCAAACGCAAGUUUUCAUCGUUCUUCAAGUCGCUGGUUAUCGAGCUGGACAAGGAGCUGUACGGUCCAGACAACCAUCUGGUCGAGUGGCAUCGUACUCACACCACCCAGGAGACGGACGGUUUCCAGGUGAAGCGACCGGGCGAUCGCAAUGUGCGCUGCACCAUCCUCCUGCUGCUUGACUACCAGCCUCUGCAGUUCAAGCUGGACCCGCGACUCGCCAGGUUGCUGGGCGUACACACACAGACCAGGCCGGUGAUUAUAUCCGCCCUGUGGCAAUACAUCAAGACCCACAAGCUGCAGGAUGCCCACGAGCGGGAGUACAUCAAUUGCGACAAGUAUCUGGAGCAAAUUUUCAGCUGCCAGCGAAUGAAGUUCGCUGAGAUACCGCAACGCCUCAAUCCGCUGCUGCAUCCGCCCGAUCCGAUUGUGAUCAAUCAUUUCAUUGAGAGCGGGGCGGAGAACAAGCAGACCGCCUGCUACGACAUUGAUGUGGAGGUGGAUGAUACGCUCAAAAACCAGAUGAACAGCUUCCUGAUGAGCACUGCUAGCCAACAGGAGAUCCAGGGGCUGGACACUAAGAUUCACGAGACGGUGGACACGAUCAACCAGAUGAAGACGAACAGGGAGUUCUUCCUGAGCUUCGCCAAGGAUCCGCAAAUGUUUAUCCAUCGCUGGAUCAUCAGUCAGACGAGGGAUUUGAAGCUGAUGACUGAUGUGGUAGGCAAUCCGGAGGAGGAGCGUCGGUCGGAGUUCUACUACCAGCCAUGGACGCACGAGGCCGUUUCGCGCUACUUCUUCACCAAGGUCAACCAGAAGCGGGCCGAAUUGGAGCAGGCGCUGGGUAUACGCAAUGGCUAGGUGAAUGCUAAGCUGAUCUCCACCAGCCAAUUCGUGGAGUCAACGUCAAGCGACCUCCAUAAACCGUGCGCACGGCAACUCUUUUUCCUUCGCCAGUUUAGUUUAAGCUUAAAAUAUAUCCCUUUUUUUUCCGAAAAACAACUCCAUCCCGUUCCAUAACGUAAUCCCUUUUCCAGUUGUCCCCAAAUACCCAUAUCCAGCAAAAAUAUUGGACUUAACAGUAAGCUAAUUAAAUGGCAUACAAAUAUAAAA